GGGACACCUGGGACUCCCGUCCAUGCAAUGAUGACAUUCUGGAAUCGGGCGGUGAUGAUACCGCCCGCCCGCCCACAGAUCAUAGAUGGGGACACGGCCCCGGUAUUUUUGUUCUGGCUGCUGUGUCGCAUCUACGGAUGAUAUAGCUCCCCUGCUACUGCUGCUGCUGCUGCUGCUACACGCUUCGACACUCGACACGUUUCUCGGAGUACCCGUUCAUCCAGACUCGGACCUUGCAUAGCACCGUUACGCCACCAUUGCCCUAGCAGUAUACAGCAUGUCUGGGUCUGAAUCGCCGAGCGCUACGCCGCUGCAUAUCAUCGUCGUCGGAGGCGGCCUCGGUGGGCUGGCCGCUGCGGUGGCGCUACGUCGGCAGGGACACAAGAUCGAGGUGUUCGAGGCUACGAAGGUGUUCAACGAAAUCGGAGCAGCCAUCGGCACGCCGCCAAACGCGGUCAAGAUCUUGAACGCGCUCGGAUCGAGCGUCGAGCGCGUCCAGGGAGUGGAGUACUGUGGACUAUCUUCCUUCAACUUUGACGGCGGUGCGGGCUACACGGUCACGCUAGGCAACAUCGCCGAAAAAUACGGCGCGAAAUGGAACCUGUGCCACCGCGCCGACAUGCACGACGAGCUCGCCCGGCUCGCGUUCGGUGCCGAAGGCGACGGCCCGGCCGCGCAGCUCCACCUCAACUCGCGCGUGCUCACCUGCGACCCGUCCACGGGCUCGAUCACGCUCGCCUCCGGCGAGACGCUCACCGCCGACCUCGUCAUCGCCGCCGACGGCAUCCACUCGAACCUGCGCACGACCGUCCUCGGCCAAACGGUGACCGCCCCGCCCUCGUCCGUCGCCGCCUACCGCUGGAUCACCUCCGCCUCCGAGCUCAAGUUGGACGAAAACCCCGAGUUAUCCUGGGUGCUGAAAGACGGGCCCUCCGGCCCGCGCGUCGUCACCUCCGCCCCGGGCGACUUCAAGUGCAUCUUCGUGUAUCCCUGCCGCGGGGGUAAACUCGUGAACGCGCUCGGGAUCCAUAUCGACCGGAGGGACCAGAACGCGGUCGAUCUGUACGUCCCGGCGACGACCGCGGAGAUGCUCGACCUUUACGCCGACUUCCACCCCAAGUUCCGCAAGCUGCUCGCGCUCGCCCACGACGGCGACGUCGGGCUGUGGCAGCUACGUUCGCUUCCCAACCUUCCAACGUGGAUCAACGGCCGGCUCUGCCUCCUCGGCGACUCGGCGCACGCCAUGCUCCCCACUCUAGGCCAGGGCGCGGCGAUGGCGCUCGAAGACGCGGUCGUGCUCGCCGCCCUGCUCCCGCCAGGCACCCGCGCCUCCGACGUCGCGUCCCGGCUCAAACUGUACGAGGCGCUCCGGAAGGACCGCGCGGAGUUUAUCAAGACCGAGUCGCUGGAGCAGAUCACCGUGCCGCAGAAACGUGGGUUAUACUAUCGGACGCCUGAGAUGCAGACGAGGGUGAUGGGACACGAUGCCGCCCAGGAAGCGCGGGAGGCGCUGGAAAAGGAGGAGAAAGCCCGCAUAGAUUCCGGAUCUGUCGCUUAGAGGCUCAGAAUAAACUCUUAUUCAUUCGGUGGUGUGUCAUGGGAAGAUUUGGGUGUAUGUUUUACGUAGUGUUUACAAUAUCACCAUCGCGACGAACGACCGCGGUGUCUCCC